AUGAAACUCUUCUACAUGCUGCUGUCUGGCGUGCUGGCCUUCCUCGCCGCCUGCUGCGCGGUCCAAGCUCGUCCCUUCCCCGACGAGAAGACCUGGGUCAAGCACUGCGACGAGAUCCCGGAUGAGGCCACCCUGACCGCUGGAGGAACCCUCACGUUCCUCGGCACCAUCGAGUGCGAUACGACGAAGAUAAUCGAAAUAACCGGUAACACGGUCAUCCGCUCUCACGAGUCGCUGGACACCGCGGGGAUCGCACUGCUUGUACACCCCGGAGCGGAGCUGACGAUCAGAGCACCGACCAUCAACAUGAAAAAGGGCAAGAGCAUGCAAGACCAACAACCCAUCCUACGUGUGCUAGGAAGCGUGGACUUCCAGGUCACCAGCUGGGUGAAGGAGCACCUUGAGGGAGCUCCGGUGGACGACCAUGGAAUCAUCUCGGUUGAAGGUGAAGGAAUGGUGCGUUCCGACAAGGCCAUCCUCUUCACCGCGAGGUCCGUCAUCGUCGCCGAUCCUGCCGCGGCCAACAAGAAAGAGGCUGACCCUGCAGAGACUUCGAUGCCUGCAGACCCGCACCUGCUCCGUAAGCUGGCCGCCAUGCAUGCCAAGAGCAACAUUGCAAGCGACUCCGCCGCCCCCACUGUCGAGGACCUUUCUCCGCAGACCUCCGACCCUACUCCUCCUGCUGCUGCUGCCGCCACCCAACAACUUGCCGACGACAAGUCGUCUUCCUCCGCCACGUCCCCUAACCGCCCGCCAUUCUCCACUGCCGCCGGUCCUGACGACGGCGACAAGAGCACUGCCGCCGCUGCUGCCAACGACGUUCCCGCACCUACUUCCCCCGCCGCUCCCUCCACGCCUUCUUCUGCCGCCAACCCUAACGCUGCGGCUGGGGCUGGCGAGAACGUCGGAAACAGCCCCGCCGCGGGUGCGUCCACGGCCGACUCCAUGACGACCAGGGCCCGUGAGGGUCGAGACCGCGGCAGCACCGUCAGCGAGAACGGUAAGACCGGCAGCGGGGGCACGGGCCCUUCGCCGAUUCCCGAGUCCAACUCGUGGACUGUCCGCAAGAAGGAGGCAUCGAAGCAGCAGCAUCAACAAGCUCCUCGCGACAAAAACGGCAACAUGACCGGCCAGGUGCCGCACGAGAAGCACGUGCUGCUCAAGGCCAACGCGCGGAAGAUGUUAAACGCCCAGGGGCUUCGAUCCGAGAUCUUUGAGGCAAACCUGGAGAAGAGGAAGGCGGCGCUCGAGGGACGGGAACUCCCCAAGAAGGGGAAGGUGGCCGCCCUCAUGGGCUUCCUGCCCUUGGGGAAGAACGGUUUCCGUAGGAGGAGGGCGCGAGAGCACGCGGAAGCUCACCUGGGGGAGGCGACGCUGUCGUUGACCACAAAGGGCAAUCUGGAGGUGGCUGUCGACGGCACAACCGUGCUUCGGAAGUCUGGCCCUUCGUGGUUUGGAUUCCGAAGGAGUGACUCGUCGUACGAGCUUCGGGUCAACGAGGAGGGGAUCGUGAUCUCCCGACAGGGGAAGUUCGACUGGAGCGUCAAGGUUGAGGACAUACUGUAA